CUUCAAUUGAAUUGAGCUCUUGAAUAGAUCAUUCAAUCCCUUUCAAUCGACACGUCCACGUACACAUAAAUACGCACAUCCUCCUCGCUCAGUCAAUUGAAUAAAUCAACCAUGUCGCGAGCCACUUCUACCCCUGGCGGAAAGCCCCCCCUCUAUAAAAUCGUCAUGCUCGGAGACUCGGGAGUCGGAAAGACCUCUCUGGUAGCCCGACUCACCAACCCCGAUAGGCCGCUGAACCACGACAUCUCUGCCACGAUGGGCAUCGAGUUCGACACGCAGAUGCUAGACACACCCCAGGGGAAGGUCAAGGCGCAGAUUUGGGACACGGCCGGCCAGGAGCGCUUUGCUCGCGUCCUGUUGCCGACGUACUUCCGCAAGGCCAAAGGCGUCAUCCUGGUAUACGACAUUACCAAUGCUAAGAGCUUCGAGAGCUUGAGCGAGAGAUGGAUGGCCCAGCUGAACGAUCACUCCAACGCGGACGAUCUGGCCAAGCUGCUCGUGGGAAACAAGUCCGAUCUGGAGUCGAGCCGAGAGGUCACAUCGGAAAAGGCCUCGGCCUUUUGCCAGGAGUACGGGAUGGAGUUUUUGGAGACCUCGGCCAAGUCUGGAGACAACGUCCUGCAGGCCUUUGAAAAGCUCAUCGGGAUCGUCCACGACCGAGCCCUCAACGCUUCGAAGGCCAAAGGCGGCGUCGGAGGCGCAGGUGUCGGAGGAAACGGAAGCGGUGCACCGAAGGGCGCCUCGGAUUCCGGAAAGAGCGACGCUGCCGGCGGCGAUGGUACCGUCAAGCUAGAAGACUCCGGUGCGGCGGGCGGAGCCGAUGCCAAUGCGUGUGGGUGUUAGGAGUUGUGUAUGUGUACGUGAACAACACAACGCUAUAUCCAUUCGAUUGAUUUGAUUUGGAUCGAAUUGGAUUGGAUUGGCUGGUAAUCUCGUGUAUGGAACGAAGAAGGGACUGCUUGACUAACAAACCAAGUGACUAACUUCUCGUUCCAUCACAAGAAAAGACUGAAUGAACUAAUGAAUGGUUCAUUUCUUUUUUUAUCGCGAUUAAUUCACUCGGUUGGUUAGUUCCACUUGUCGGUUAUUUAUUCCUUCGUGCAAUCCAGUCAGUCGUCGGUCGAUGAAUGGUGAGUGAGCCGAAAUCAUACGGCGUAGGCAAGCACACGAUGCACAACAUGUACCGUACGCAUUUGAAAUGCAACACACAAUGCACAAUACAAACACACAAUCACA